AUGACGCACGACGCACGCCAAAAAACAACUACCGGUCGUGCGUCAUCUCCGGGCGACAACCGAGUCCAGCUUCGCGCCAACCAGUUGAAGGAUUUCUCUACUUUCCUGACAUCAAACCCGACUGUAAACAACCAGAAAAGCGACUUUAAUAUGGACAUCAGGCGGUUCUUUCCACCGUCUGCGGCGAAGUCUGCGGCGAAGUCUGCAGCGAAGUCUGCGGCGAAGUCUGCGGCGCACAAACCAAAUGCAAACAUCCAAACAGAAGAGGGGAAGAAGAACCUGUCCUCUCCUGAUGAAGACGUGAAGAAGAAGAAGAAGAAGGAGACAACCAAGGUCAAAAGCUCCAAACAAGAGGAGAAACGCAAAGACAGCGAGAAGAAGAGAAAGAAGCACGCCGUCAUAGAAUCAGACUCGGACUCAGACCCGCCAGUGAGGAAGUCGAGCAAAUCCCCCAAGGAGAAAAAGUUGUCAACCAAGACAGAGCCCCCUCCCAAAAAGGAUCCUGUGCAGUAUGUCUCUGAAUCAGACUCGGACAGCGACAACUUUCAGUCGUUGAAGAAGGUCUCGAAAGCCAAGCAGAAUGGCUCAUCUAAACAAACAAAGUCAGACAGUUCCAGUCCAGGAUCCAAACCGGGGCUGAAGUCUCCUGUCAGGUCUUCCUCCACUCGGGGGAAAACUGCUGUGAAGUCUGCUGCUGUGCCCGUCACCCCCAAGUCAGCCCCGCCUCCUCCACCCAAACGCACCCCCACCUCAGUCCUCGACUUCUUCGGCAGUGGAACUGUUCAGCGCUCGGAUAAGAAGCUUGUGGCCAGUACCAAACGGAAGGCUCCCAUUAAGGACUUUGAAGAUCUGCUGACUGAUGAGCAAAUCGCCAGAGAGCUGCAGAUGGACGAGGACAUGGAGCUGGAAAAGCAGGUCCAUGAGGACGAGGAGUUUGCCAGAACGCUGGCCAUGCUGGACGAGGAGCCUCAAGCUAAGAAGGCUCGCAAAGCCUCUGAAACAGCAACUACUCCCAGCCCGUCAAAGGCCAAACUAAAGGGAAGUGUGUGUGAGGAUGUGGUCAGUCCGACUCCAGAGAAGAAGCCCUCGCCUGCCAAAGCCAGCUCCAAACUGGCCAUGAUGAAGAAAAAGGCUGAAGAGAGAGGGGAAGCGUCAAAGGGCAAAACACUAAUUUCACCUCGAAAAUAA